UGCCAGUCUUGACGCAGACGAAUAACGGAAUGGCCGCCAAAGACAAAAAGGGACGCCAACUGAAUUUACCUGAAAUGACGCCGUAAUCCCGCCAAUUGCAGCUUGCUCGCCAUAAAACUAAGGUCCAGACUAGCGUCAAAAUCAGUGCAGAAACUUUUACCUGCCAGGUGCAUAAAACGCCUAUAAAGGAUUCGAAUUACCAUCAUUGGUAUUGUGAAACUCGAGGUGUACAGAAGUGAUUCGAAAUGGUUCUCGCUCCCGAAGUUCGAGGUAUUGUGAAGGCGCUGAAAGGCUCGAACAGCUGUGAGGAGAUAGCCCAGAUCCUGGAGUGCGACGUGGAGAGCGUGAUUAGCUGCAUCCGUGAGUGUGAGCUGCUCGAGGGGAAGACUGCCACGCUGAGAUUGCCGCAGAGAACGAAAACAGCGGUGCCCGUGGCGGUUGCGCAGGAGGAGGAAAAGAAACGCGAGGUGGGCAGACCCAAAGUCCUGGAGAACCGCCAAAUGGUCGAGCAAAUGCUGAGCGACAAUCCGCACUACACCUCCAUCGAUGUGCAGCGAGAGCUGGCCCGACACGGCAUAGAGGUUAGCCGCAGGACCUUGCAGCGCAGGAUCAGCGAGAUUCGCUCCAAAGGCCCACGGCCACCGAGAGGAUCGCCACAGCCGCAGGAGCCCAGCACUUUCGGCCUCAGUGAGGGGGCAAAAAAAAGGAGGUUGGCCUGGGCCACCGCCCAUCAGGAUUGGACCGUGCGCGACUGGCGCAACAUCUUCAACAUGGACGAUCUUAAGUUCGUCGACGAAUCAUCGCCGCCAAAGGAGAUCUUCCUUGACUCGCUGAUGGGACCGGAGGGCAGUGUCUGCAAUGACCUCAAUCUCCUCGAGCAAUUGAUGGCCAUCAUCCAGCCGAGGAUCCAGAAUCAGGCGCCCAAGAAUGUCAGCGAGUUUCGAGCCGUCUUGUACGACGUCUGGCACAGCGACCAGGAUAUGGUGGACAAAAUUGAGAUGCUCUACGAGUCGAUGACGUGGCGCGUUUCGGCGGUCCUCCGCAACGGCGGGGAUCAGACCGAGUUCUGCUAGCCAAGCUGUGGAUUCAAGUCGCACUCUGAUUCUUGAAUGUUGUAUUGAAAAUAACGACGUUCAUGAUAUUGUUUAAUUUGACAUAUUAAGUUUGUAGUGGCCAUACUAUGUACAUGGUACACUCUGAUUAAAUUAGGAUUAAUUUUCUUCAUUUUUU